AUGGAUGGUGGUAGUGGUUUGAACAUUCUGUAUGCUGAGACCCUCCGAGGGAUGGGCCUUCCGAUGUCCAAGCUUAGCGAGAGUAACAUGAGAUUCCACGGAGUCAUCCCAGGAAAGAAAGCCGAUUCACUCGGUCAGAUCACUCUUGAUGAGGUUUUUGGUGAUUCAAAGAAUUACCGUAAGGAAAAGUUGACGUUUGAGGUGGUGGAUUUCCACAGUUCUUAUCAUGCCAUUCUGGGCAGACCUGCAUAUGCUCGUUUCAUGGCUCGACCAUGUUACGUAUAUCUUAAGUUGAAGAUGCCUGGCCCCAGAGGCGUGAUCACAGUCACAGGAAAUCGGCAAAGAGCAGAAGAGUGCCUCCAGAAGGGCUCAAAGAUUGCCGAUGAGCAAAUGGCAGCAGUGGAAAUGGAAGAGUACAACAAGAAUGCAGAUCCGACUAAUUUGUUGCGAGCCAAGAAGCCUGCUUCAGAGUCCGCAUUUCAGUCGGCCGGUGAAACAAAGCCUGUCCAUAUUCACCUGACCGAUCCCAAUGCUGCUCCGACCCACAAUUCAACUACAGUUGACAGCAAAUAG